AUGAUUGAACCUAGCAAACCAAUCACUUUCCUGGCCCCGGAAGACCCAUUAGAUGCUGUUGUCGCGAUCCUAUCUCACCAGAAAGGAAGAAACCACUAUAUCUACGAACGGGAGGAAACAUGGUAUAUCGGGCUAGACAGCUAUGCAUCCUUGAUUGUGAGCUCCGAUGGCGAACAAUUGAUUCGAUAUUUCCAGGGCGAAGGCGAGAAGGUCAUCCCUGUUCACGAACCUCUACCCGUGCUUGCGCGGGACUUUAUCUCGGAAUACUCCUCUCACGGCAACAUCUUUGGUCACGUCGGGUUCAAUUACUCGGCUCAUGUCUUUGGACGAGGGUACGUGCCUGGGCGAUGGCCGCUGCUUAGUCUCAUGGUGCCGUGUGCGCAGGUAGCCGUUUCGCGAGAUGGGAUUACUGUUUCCGGCUGUGUAGAGGAGGAAGUUCGAUCGUUGUGCAAAUUUCUGAAGGUCUACCUCUCAUACUCACAUGAGGUGCAAACAACGACACCUACCUGCCACAGCCAGAUGGUGAUCGAUCUCCGGGUCAAUGAGUCCGAGUACAAGGCCCGCGUGUCGACCGCAAUAUCGGAGAUCCGAAACGGGCACUACGCCAAAGUCGUCCCGUCGCGCAUCGUAAAUCUCCCGGGCCGGGUUGACAUGCUAGCAACGUUGCAACAGGGUCGUCGCUCGAAUACCCCGGCUCGAACCUUCUCCUUUAGCCACAUGGGCAUCCAAGCUACUGGGUUUAGCCCGGAGUUGAUCAUCUCGAUCACAGGUCGCGAUGUCUGUACGGAAGCAGUAGCUGGGACACGGUUGCGCGACAACACGACAGGUUUCAACGGCGCUCCGAGCGCGCUGUUAAGCGACCCCAAAGAGGUGAUGGAGCAUGUCAGCGCCAUCAGGGGGUCCAUGAAACGGCUCGCGCGGGUUUGCUGCUCUAGGACCAUCGUCGUCAGCGACUUCUUGUCGGUCGUGGAUCGCGGAAACGUCCAGCAUCUCUGCUCGCAUGUUUCGGGGCGUCUGUCGCCGGAUAAAGAUGGCUGGGACGCUCUGCCGGGUCUGGCGGUUGCUGUGCCGGGUGAUGCAGGCCAGGGGGUCUUUCAGGAGGAGGAUAUGCAGGAAUUCGAGCCUGUACCGCGAGAACUGUACUGUGGGGCGGUGGUCAUGAUUGAUCCGAGCGCGGAUUUCUUUGAGGCGACACUCGCGUUGCGCAGUGUGUUUCAGGAUGGGAAGCGUCAGUGGCUUCAGGCUGGGGCUGGCAUAUCUGCGAUUUCGGAUCCGGAUCGAGAGUUUGUGGAAACGUGCGAGAAAUUGGCUAGUAUUGCUCCUUAUGUGGUGCCGGAAUUGUCGCUCUGCCGAGAGGUGAGAGAAAGAGAACGGCAUGAGAAGUAG